AAAUAGGCCAUUCCUCUAGUUUUUAAUAGUGCUCCAAAACCAAUAGGAAUUGUUGGGAUUUUUGCAGCCAUGAUCGGUUGGGAAGAUGUUUACAAGGUGGUUUCCGCCAUGGCUCCAUUGUACUUUGCUUUGAUCUUAGGCUAUGGCUCUGUGAAAUGGUGGAAAAUCUUCAGCACCCAACAGUGCGAUGCCAUUAACAAAUUGGUUUGUUAUUUCACUCUCCCUCUCUUCACCUUCGACUUCACUUCUCACAUCGAUCCUUUUCAUCUCAACUUUCCUUUCAUCGUGGCCGAUGCCAUCGGAAAACUCAUUAUCGUUCUCGUCUUGGCCUUUUGGGCCAAGUGUACUAGCAAAGGUAGUUAUUGUUGGUCCAUCACUAGCUUCUCGCUCUCCACUCUCACUAACGCCCUCGUUAUCGGUGUCCCUCUCGCUAAGGUCAUGUAUGGUCAAAUGGCCGUUGAUCUCGUCGUGCAGGGUUCGGUGAUCCAGGCGAUUGUUUGGUUGACAAUGCUAUUGUUUGUGCUGGAACUUCGACGGACGAGGUUGGAUUUGAUUGCUGCCGAAGCUUCUCCGGGGUUUGUCAGCGACGAAAAAGCUGUGCAAUUGACUGGAGAGGGAGGCAAGGAUUUAGAAGGAGAAGCCAUGAAGGUUGAGGAAAGAAGAUCAAGCAACAGCCAUAGGCCUUCUUUGAAGCCUUUGAUGAAGAAAGUUUGGCUGAAGUUGGCUGGGAAUCCCAACUCAUAUGCUUGUACUAUUGGUUUUGCUUGGGCAUUUGUUGCAAAAAGGUGGCAUGUUGAAAUGCCAAACAUUAUGGAAGGAUCUAUUCUCAUCAUGUCAAAAGCUGGGAUUGGCACUGCCAUGUUUAAUAUGGGGAUUUUUAUGGCACUGCAAGAGAAGUUGAUAGCUUGUGGACCAACACUUACAAUAAUAGGAAUGGUGUUGAAGUUUAUUGCUGGACCAGCUGCCAUGGCCAUUGGCUCCAUUGCCAUGGGUUUGCAUGGUGAUGUUCUACGUGUAGCUAUAAUCCAGGCAGCAGUACCACAAUCCAUUACAUCAUUUAUUUAUGCAAAAGAAUAUGGGUUACAUGCAGAUGUUCUUAGCACAGCGGUGAUUUUUGGGGCAAUUGUUUCUCUUCCUGUGUUGGUUGCUUAUUAUGCAGCUUUAGAGUUUAUUCAUUGACCCUUUUUAUGAGACCUCAUGGCAACAUUUUUUUAAGAAUGAGAAAAGGGGGAGUUAGAACAACACCUUGGAUUAUUUCUCCAUAUAAUUAGUCUACUUAUCUUAUCUUUUCAUUUGGUGCUAAUUAUAUGUGUAACAAUAGUGUUGAUUUACCAUUAAAAGAAGAAGAAGAAGAAUAAAUUUAUGUUCAAACCCAAA